AUGGCAACUCUUGCAAAAAAUGCUAAGAAAGUCUUAAAAGAAACAGAAAUUUUGAAAGAUUCCCUUAUCCAUUCGGGAUCAUCAGUCAAAUCACUUGCAAUGAUGAUGAAGGAAAGUGAUAACCCAGAUGAGAUAGCAAUUAAAGCUAUUUCUUGCAAUAAUGAAGAAUUUCACAAUUUCGUCCUUGAAAACGAGUUCAAAGAGAAUAUUCCACGCUUCAAACAAUCUACACUGAUCGAAUUGAUACCAAAGAUGGCAUCAGUUCUCGAAUCAGAUCCUCAGGGAAUUUCCGAAAUUUUGAUGUCAGUUUUGUUGCAAAUUGACAUUGACCAAAAUGCAGGAAAUGAUAAAUUAAAGGCAAAUGCCGAUGAUUUGAUGUCUACAAUCAUUUGCAUGUACCAACAACUUCCUCCAAACGCUCCUUGCAUGAGAACAAUUAGAAUGCUUUCUCAUAUCGCUGUUUCUCUUAAGAAUAUAUAA